GUUAUGUACGUCGGUGUCGAUAUGAAAUAAAUAAGAAUAAAAAUUCAGUAGCAAAAAUCAUCUAGUUUAGACAACAGUGCGGAUGUGAAAUUAUCAAUCCACCAACGCUCAAAGAGGAAGUUAACCAUUGUACAGAAUGAAUUUAUAACAACAAUUCAUAAGAUAAGAGUGUCGAAGAUCAAGUCACUGUCCUCAAAUCUUAGUCGGCGGCGUCUUUUUGGUUCCUAACGAAAAUUUUAAUUUCUAGGAGAUAACGCGGGGAUUCGUUUGCUGGUAUUCUACGGCCAAGUGAAUAAACUGAAACGUUGAUGCAAGUGUUAAACAGAUGUUUUUGGAGUUUUAGUGCCUCAUGAAAGGAAUAUUAUUAAAGAGUGAACACAUUGCAGUCUUUCGACUGCUUUAGCUGAGAUUUUCUGCUCGAAAACAACCCUAAAAAUUUGGAUAACAAGGGAGUAAAGUAUAAUUUGAUCUAAGAUGCGUCAGAUUUCAGUAGCACUCUGGGUGUUGCUGAUAGAAAUAUCAUGUCAAAUAUUAGAAGUAAGUGGACAAUACAUUGGACAAAGGCAGUCAAGGAUAUUCCAUCCCCCUAAAGAGCCAUAUACGCAGCGUGGAGAUCAAUCACCUCCACCAGAUCUGGAUUAUGGUGAAAGCAAGAACCUUCAAGAUAUACAUCCAUUAGCCAACAUUCACAAAGCUCGUCGACCUGGACAUAGCCACAUUAAGGGAAAUGAACAAAUAAAACCACACCCUUGCGAAAAGAGUUCUUGUUAUCCAGCCACCGGGAAUCUGUUAAUUGGAAGGGAAAGUCAAUUGUAUGCUUCAUCAACUUGUGGUUUAUAUGGACAACAGAGAUAUUGUAUAGUGUCUCAUUUAGACGCCGAAAGGAAAAAAUGCUUUUGGUGCGACUCGAGACCUUCACAGAAACCAAAUCCACUACUAAAUCAUAAUAUUAGCAACAUUGUGUAUAAAAUGUUUCCAGGAACACGUCAAAAAUCAUGGUGGCAAUCCGAAAACGGCAAAGAAAACGUAUACAUCCAGUUAGAUUUAGAAGCUGAAUUCCACUUCACCCAUUUGAUAAUAAGAUUUAAAACGUUUCGACCAGCCGCCAUGUUAAUAGAACGAUCCUAUGAUCAUAAAAAAACUUGGAGGGUUUACAGAUACUUCGCGGCGAAUUGUACAGAGAGCUUUCCAGGAAUUAAAGAAGGAAGUCCUAAAAAUAUAACAGACAUAGUUUGUGAAUCAAGGUAUUCGGGAGUCGAACCAUCUACAGAUGGAGAGAGUAUUUACAGGGUGAUUCCACCCAAUUUGUACAUAAAUAAUCCUUAUUCUGAAGAAGUACAGAGUGUUUUAAAGAUAACAAAUUUACGAAUUAACUUUACAAAACUUCAUACUCUAGGAGACGAUCUUCUUGAUAGAAGGGAAGAAAUUCAAGAAAAAUAUUAUUACGCUAUAACAGAGAUGAUAGUUAGAGGGUCUUGUUCUUGCUAUGGACACGCUAAUCGGUGCUUGCCACUUCCAGGCAUCGAUCCUAAACCGGAUAUGGUACAUGGAAGAUGUGAAUGUACUCACAACACUAAAGGUCGAAAUUGUGAAAAAUGUGAAGACUUCUUCAAUGACUUACCUUGGAGGCCUGCUAUUGGGAAACAAACUAAUGCUUGUAAAAGAUGUAAUUGUAAUAACCACGCUACCAGUUGCCACUUUGAUUCAGCUUUAUACGAGUCUACAGGUCACGUCAGUGGUGGUGUUUGUGAUGGCUGUCAACAUAACACUAUGGGACCUAAUUGCGAUUUGUGCAAACCAUUUUUCUACCGAGAUCCGCAAAGAGACAUACAAGAUCCUGAAGUUUGUAGACCAUGUGACUGUGAUCCCCGCGGAUCUUUAGAUGGUGGUGUCUGUGAUUCCGUUACUGACCCUGUGAAUAACUUAAUAGCAGGUGUUUGUCACUGUAAAGAAAACGUAGAAGGUCGCCGUUGCGAUGCUUGUAAAAAUGGCUAUUGGAACUUUACAGAAGCGAAUCCGUUAGGUUGUCAGAACUGUACCUGCAAUACUUAUGGUACUAUCGAUAACCAAGGGUGUAAUGUCCACACAGGAGAAUGUACCUGCAAACGUUAUGUAACAGGAAGAGACUGUAACCAAUGCCUUCUUGAAUAUUGGGGAUUAUCAGAUAAAAAUGACGGAUGUCAACCGUGUGAUUGUGACCCUGGGGGCUCUGAGGAUAAUUUCUGUGAUGUGAUUACUGGUCAGUGCAAAUGUAGGGAGCACAUGACGGGAAGAACCUGUGAUACACCCAAACAACAAUAUUUCACUGCUAACCUUGACUUUUUAUUAUAUGAAGCUGAAGCUGCCAGAACUAACGGCCAAGUUGUCAUUAGAGAACCUUAUAGAGACGGAAAAGAUGUUACUUGGACCGGUCCAGGGCUUAUAAAAGCUUUCCAAGGAGGAUUUGUAGAAUUUUUAGUUGAUGGUCUGAAGACAUCAAUGAAUUAUGACAUCAUCAUUAGAUACGAACCAACAACUUCAGAAAGUUGGGAAGAAGUUAUUGUAACGAUAGAAAGACCUGAUAGAGUUUCAGAAGGUCCUUGUCAGAAUAUCGACCCAAGAGACGAUCAAAAAUUUGUCCGUUUACCGGCAAAUUCAAGAAGCGUUGCUGCAUACCCACCAGCAUGUCUCGAAGCCGGAAAAGUAUACAAAGUAAUACUAGAAUUUCGAAGAUCAAAUGUUCAAAAGGAAGUUCCGACGGCAUCAGUGUUGAUAGAUUCACUCGUUUUAGUACCCAAAAUUGAAGAUAUACCAUUUUUCCACGGAUCAAAGGCCGCUGAAUUUAGAAGACAAGAAUAUGAAAGAUACCGCUGCAAUGAUCCCUCAUAUUUCGGAAAAAACGUACGAGAUAAACCAGAGAUUUGUAAAAAGUUAGACAAUAGUAUAGCAACAUAUAUAUUCAAUGGAGCUUUCUCCUGUCAGUGCGAUCCGCACGGAUCUGUCAGCAAACUUUGCGAUUCAAAUGGAGGAUAUUGCCCGUGCAAACCCAAUGUAGUGGGUCGCCGUUGUGACCGUUGUGCUCCCGGAACCUACGGGUUUAGUCCAGAGGGAUGUAAAUCUUGCGAUUGUAACAGUAUAGGAGCCUUAGACAAUUUCUGUAAUGCUACAACUGGUCAAUGUAAAUGCAGAUCUAACAACUAUGGCAGAGAAUGUGACCAGUGUAGAAUUGGGUCUUGGAAUUUCCCUAAUUGCGAAAGAUGCGACUGUAACGGACACGCUGAUACUUGUGAAUCCAAAACUGGAGUUUGUAUUAAUUGCAGAGAUAAUACUCGCGGUGACCAUUGUGAAUACUGCAUCGAUGGUUACUAUGGAGAUCCUAGAAUAGAUGUUGAUAUUGCUUGUAGACCUUGUCCUUGUCCAGGACAUCUUGGAUCUAACCAUUCCUACGCAGAUAAAUGUAUGCUAGAUCCUUUAACAAAAGAUGUGAUAUGUGAAUGUCAAGAAGGUUAUUCUGGAGCUAGAUGUGAUGUUUGUUCUGAUAAUUACUAUGGAAAUCCAGAAAUUCCAGGGGGCAAAUGUCAACCUUGUGAAUGUAGUGAUAAAAUAGAUCUGCUUGCUCCAGGAAAUUGUGAUCCUCACACGGGAAAAUGUUUGAAAUGUUUGUAUGAGACGACAGGGGAUCACUGCGAAGUUUGUAGACCUGGAUUCUUUAGAUAUUCUGUAGAUAAACCUUGUGAAGAAUGUGUUUGUCAUUUGUUGGGAACAAACAGCUCUGCCGGACAUUGUGAUCCAUCUAGUGGUCAAUGUCAUUGUUUACCAAAUGUGUCCGGCUUAAGAUGUGAUGCCUGUAUCGCUAAUCAUUGGAAAAUAGCGAGUGGCGAAGGAUGUGAUCCUUGUGCUUGUGAUCCUCUUGGCUCCCUUAGCUCUCAAUGCAACGAGUUUGAUGGUCAGUGUCAUUGUAGACCAGAAUUCGGUGGUCGUCAAUGUAACGAGUGUACUCCACGAUCUUAUGGUGAUCCAAAGGUGCAGUGCUUCAAAUGCGACUGUAAUAUUAGAGGUUCAAAAACUGAACAGUGUAACAUGCAGACUGGAUCCUGUGUUUGUUUGCCAGGAGUCGGAGGUUAUAAAUGUGAUAGCUGCGCUAGGGGGUACAUUGGAUCAGUUCCAGAUUGUAUUGCUUGUGGAGAAUGUUUCGAUAAUUGGGACAGGAUUUUGAUAGAAGCCAAAAAUCAAACUCUAGAUAUUAUCGACAGAGCUGGAGAUAUAAAGAAAGUGGGUGCUACAGGGGCAUACACUAAGGAAUUUGAUGAAAUGCAAAACCAACUGGACGAGAUAGAACAACUUUUAAAUAAUACCGAUGAAGUUGAUGUGGAUGAAAUUGAAGAUGAAUUGGAACAGUUGAGAAUCAAGAUCAACAAAACUGAGCACGAAAAACUGAGUAAAUUGAAUGAUGAACUCGGGGAGAACAAACAAUUAGUAUUGUUGAAAGAAGUUACACUGAAUGAUUUAAAUAAUUCUCUCAACGUACUGAAGCAAAAAAUUUUAGAUCUUCAGAACAAUGGUACAAAGUUACAAGAGGCCAAUGUACAAGGUGCUCUAACUCUUAUUGGUAACGCUAAGGAAAAAGCUGAUAAAGCGCUACAAAAGGCUGAUGAUUCACAAGAUGAUGUCAAAUACGCUGAAACGCAAUGUACUGCCACAGCUAACUUCAUCAACAACACCGAAAAACUUUAUAAAAAGCAAUCUGAAGAUAAUGAAGAAGUAUUGAGAAAUCUUUCUAGAAAGUUGGACGAAUUAAAUAGCCAAAUACCUGAAUUGAACAAUUUAGUAUGCGAUGGACGUGGAGAUCCUUGUGAUUCAAUUUGUGGAGGAGCAGAUUGUGAAAAUGGUUGUGGUAAUUCGAUAACUUGUGCUAACGGUGCCAAGCAGCAAGCUGCCACUGCCAUUAGAAAUGCCAACGACACUGAAAUUGCUUUAAGGAAUAAAGAAAGUAAAGCUAACGACUUUAUUAGAAAUGUUUCUCAAAUAAACACAAAUGAAAUUAGGAACCUAGCAAAAGAUACUUUGGAUACUAUCGUUUUGGAAUUAACGAACGUAAAUAAAUCGUUAAACGAAAUUGGAGACAUAAGAAAUGAAAUGCGAGAAUUUAUGGGCCAAAAUAAGUCUAAACCUAGUGAUAUUAAAAAAUUAGCCGAAGAGAUAUUGAAAAAGAACGUUGAAAAAACACCCGAAGAAGUUAGACAGCUUGCUGACAAUAUUAAAAGUGCUAUAGAUCGUUUAACAAAUACUGAUUACAUUAUUGAGGACACUAAAGGUGAUUUGGCAAAAGUUAACGAACUUAAAGAAAUUGCUAAAUAUGCAAAAAAUAAUGCUACAAAAUUAUUAAAAGAAGCGGAAGAUGUCAAUGAUGUAUUGAAUAAGACACAAGAUGCACAAAAAGAAGCAGAGGAUGCUAUAGAUAAGGCAUGGGACGAUUAUAAAGUUGUCGAAGAUAUUUUAUAUAUGAUUGGUAACAAAACUGAGUCAGCUCAGAAUCUGACGAACCGCAUAGAUAAUGACAUUCACCUUCUUAAAGAUAAGUUGACUGAUCUGCAACGGAAUAUAACAGACAAUGGUAUUUUUGCAAAUAGAGUCGUGGAAGAAUCGAUGAAUAUAAAGAAGAACGCUCAGAAAACUAAAGAAGAGUCUGGAGUUCUUCAAGAUAAAUAUAACAAAGCUACAAAUGACCUAGCAAAAAAAUUGAAUAAUGUGAAGGUGACCAAGGAGCGUGCUAGUGAGUUGUUUAAGAAAUCUAUAAAUUUAGUAGCUAAAGUUACCAAGACUCAAGAGGAUAUUCAAAAAUUAGAAGACAGCGGACAGUUAUAUGAUAUAGAAAAUUUGGAAAGACAAUUACAAGGGUUGAUAAAAAAAAUGAAUGAUUAUACAGGACACCUUGAAUCAAAAAUGCAGUAUUACAAGCACUGUAACUAAAUCGCACUUUUUUCACGGCUAAAUUUCAUAUUGUUUCCAGUUAAUUGGUGCUUGUAAAUAUACUUAAUUUUUUCUAAUAUAACGUUACAAAAGAUAUUUUUUAAUUAGAGUAAAUAUGUGGUUCAAAAAAUAGGUAACCCAACCAAUUAUUGAAAAAGUGUAUAAAAAUAUCUGGAAGUAUUACCGAGAUGACUAACUUUACUACAAUUGAAUAUUCAAAUGGAUCCAAGCCAAACUCACUCACAACAUGGUGUUAUGACAUUGCCAUUAUUGACUUGACGUUGUACCGGGUUAAAGUGACGUGACGGUGUUUUCUAUUCAUAUUUGGUGAUUUUUAAAAAAAAUUUCAAAUUAUAUUCGUCCACUAAUAAAACGAAUACGUUAUGCCGACAGUAUGUGCUCGCUAAGACCAAACUGAUCACGACACAUUCCUAGUCGCGAUUAUGGUGUAUACUCUAGUGACUACACCUUAUAUUGCCGCCUCUCGUGAGACAUUUUUAAACUCUAGAGUCCCUAGAUGCCUCGCCGAGCGUAUAUUGACGGCAUUAAAAUAUCAACCAGACUGUUAUUAUCAUUUUCAUGGAUCCUAUCUUCAGUUAAAUGGUAAAAACUGGUUUAAUCUUGUUUACAAUAUUCCCGUCAACUUUUUGCAUAAUGCUUAUAAACUUUUUAUGUUUCUGUAUAUAAUAAAUAAUUUAUUAUUAGUUCCGUUUAUUUUUCUUUUUUUAUAAUAACCAGUUUGUAAAUUGAACUUUUUUAAGUAGAAUUAAAGUCAGUAAGUGUGUAUGUGUAUUUAAUGUCAUAAGUAUAUCACAAAUAAAUGACUUACUUAAAUAAUAAUUUAUAAUAUUUACUAUGAAAAAUUAAUUUAAUCACGAAAUUUGUAUCACUGGUAACAUGAGCAUAAAUAAAAUAAUAAAGCCGUUCGUAAAUAUUUCUA